AUGUCCAACCCCCAAUCAAUAAAGAAAACAGAAAGAAGACGAUCAAUAGCAUUAUUGACGAAAUCUCCAUUAUCUCAAUCUCCAUAUAUUAGUCCAUCACCAAGAGGUUCAGCGCCUAGUUCUUAUGUUGCCAACUCUCAGUUUAUGCGAGGUGACACUGAAUCCGUAGCGAUGGAAUCAACAUCAGAGAAUUCUUCCGAGAAUCAACAUUCACCAGAAAAUGACCCGGAAGUUGACAACGAUAUUGAUUUAGCUAGUGGUAUAGAUGAUCCUGAAUUGAUUAGAAAAGUGUCUAAGCAUUUACCUAGUGAUUUCGAUUCAUUAAAACAAGAAGGUGCUGAUAUCACUCGAGAUUUAUAUAGGAUCAAAGAAGAUGCCCAACGUCCAUUAUUGAAAAAAUCACGAAGUUGUGAUUCUAUAGGUGGCAAUCUGAUAAAAUCAACGGCAUCGUCAUUUAAUGUUCCUGGUGGGUUUCGUCGUGAGUUUUUAUUGAAUCAACAACAACAUCGUGACGAACGAUUAGAAUCUUUACGUACAACAACUCCUAAUUUCUUAACCAAAAAUUUCAUUGAAUUUUUAAGUAUUUAUGGUCAUUUUGCUGGUGAAGAAUUAGAAGAUGAUGAAAAUAUAGCUAAUCAUUACAAAUAUUUACUACCCCACGAACAAGCACCAUUACUUCAAGAUGAUAAUUUCAAUCCACGAGGAACUGCCACUGAUAGAAAGGCAUAUUUUUUGUUAUUGAAAGCAUUUGUUGGAACUGGUGUUCUUUUCCUCCCUAAAGCAUUUUAUAACGGUGGAUUAUCAUUUUCUAUUAUUGUAUUGUCAUUAUUUGCUUUAUUGUCUUGGUGGUGUUAUUUGAUUUUGGUAUUUACAAAAGUUGCAACCAAAGUGUCUGGAUUUGCUGAAAUUGGGUUGAAAUUAUAUGGACCAUGGUUUCAAAGAUUGAUUCUUUCUUCGAUUGUUAUUUCUCAAAUUGGAUUUGCUGCUGCUUAUAUUGUGUUUACCCUGGAAAACCUUCGAGCAUUCACUGCUAAUGUUAGUCUGUAUGAUGUGACUGAUAUCAACAUUGUCUGGUUUAUAUUAUUGCAAGUUGUGAUUAUUGUUCCAUUAUCUUUGAUUCGUGAUAUCACAAAAUUAUCAUUACUGGCGGUAUUUGCUAAUGUUUUCAUCUUGACCGGGUUGGUCACAAUAGUUUAUUUCAUGUUGUAUCAAUGGUUGGGAGUUAAUCACGGUCAUUUUGGGAAAAACAUUGAAUAUUUUUUUAACGAAUCUGAAUUCUCUUUAUUCAUUGGUACGGCUAUAUUUGCCUUUGAAGGUAUUGGAUUAAUUAUUCCUAUUCAGGAAUCAAUGAUUCAUCCAAACAAUUUCCCUCGGGUUUUGGGCCAAGUCAUUCUCACCAUUGCUGUGAUUAUGAUAAUGGUUGGUAGUUUGGGAUAUUUGACUUUUGGUGAUAAAAUUAAAACUGUUGUAUUAUUGAAUUUACCACAAGAUUCACCAAUGGUUAUUAUCACACAAUUAUUAUAUUCAUUAGCCAUAUUAUUAUCGACACCAUUACAAUUGUUUCCUGCCAUUAGAUUAUUGGAAUCGAAAAUGAUUUUUGGUAGUGGUAAAAGUUCACCAAGUGUUAAAUGGUUGAAAAACUUAUUUAGAACUUUAUUUGUUGUGUUCAUUGCAUAUAUUGCAUAUAUUGGUGGUCAAAAUUUAGAUAAGUUUGUUUCAUUUGUUGGGUGUUUUGCUUGUAUUCCCUUGGUUUAUAUGUAUCCGCCAAUUUUACAUCUUAAAAGCUGUUGCAAGAUUCAUUCUGGGUUACUGGAAAAGGAACAGAAUAAUCGUUUUUGGUUAAGUCUUGCCAAUUAUGUGUUACUUGUCAUUGGAGCGAUCUCAUUUGUUUACACAACCUAUGAAAUAUUGUUCACUUAA